CUGUACAUGCCCUGGUUACAUCCUAUUGCAUCCUAUUUGAAUAACUGUAAUAGUCAUAAGUUGAAAGAUAAACAGUCGGGCCGGUUAUGGACAAAGUGGACAAUCCCAUGGAAGAGCUCCAGAAGGCCGCCAUUUGCUCCAUCUGCCUGGAAUAUUUCAAAGACCCAGUCUCCAUACAGUGUGGGCACAACUUCUGCUUGCGCUGCAUCAGAAAAUGCUUUGAGACGGCCAAGAGACGGUUCUGUUGCCCUCAGUGUCGAAGGCAAGCUGGCAAGAAGGAUUUCAGGCCCAACAGGGAACUAGCCGAUGUGGCUGAAGUAGCCAAGCGAUACAAGUUGCAGGCAGAAGAGGCGGCUGGAGAGAAAGCAGUGUGUGAGAGACACCGGGAGCCCCUCAAGCUCUUCUGUGAAGAUGACCAAGCCCUCAUCUGCGUCGUGUGCGAUAGAUCCAAGGACCACAGGGCCCACACCGUGCUUCCCAUAGAAGAGGCUGUCCAGGACUACAAGGUAUGGAGUAACCUUUCGAGUGACACGGAGCGCUGCAUUUGGACCGUCUACUAAACUCUUUGUGGGUCUAUUCAGACAGUGGAAAUAAUCCAGGUAGAAUCUGUGUUGAAUCUUUGUUGUUCACAUACAUUUUGAAUCCAUCUGAUUAAGUUUGGUGGGGGGAACUGACAAAAUCCCCACUUAACCCAGGAUAAUUGAUGUCAGGUUCCCCC